GCCAUUGCCGAUGCGGAGGUUGCGAGCCCAGAGGAAACAACUACACCCCCUUCCACUACACGAUCCGUACCCAUUCCACCACCUCGCCCGCCGCCGCGUCACCGCGCGACGCACAACUUCAACACAGGCGCGCCUGCUAGUCCUGCGGUAGGGGCUCCGCCGCCGCUCCCUGUGCGGCGAGGUCCGCAGUCUCCUGAUGGCCCUCCUCCUCCCGAGGCGGCGAAGUCAGAUCCUCCCGCCCUCGAAGCGUCUGCCGCCGCCCCCGUUUCUGGCGCAAAGUUGCCUGUACGCCGUGCUACAGCCCCUAACCAUGCAGGCGGGCCUGAAGCUGUGCCAGCGUCCGCACCCAGUGCGCUGAAACACGGUGCGCUGCCGCCUCCGCCCAGACGUAUGAUCGGGCCCAACGAGAAGCUUCCGCCGGUAAGACCUACUGCUGCGGGCGAUCAAGAAGACGACGGCGACGAUUCGUCGGAUGAAGAGAGCGGAGAGGCAGAUAAAGACCCGAAAGACCAACUACCCGAUGCAUCCAGGGCGUCGAGACGACCUCCGGAUAUUCACCCGCACGCUUACUCCACUGCUCGGAUCAGUGUGCCUGCGCAUACGGGGAUGGUUGCGACCAGUGGUAAUCGCGUGGUUAUGGCGACUGGUCACCACGUCAAGAUUUAUGACCUCUCGCGGUCAGAUCUUCCCCUAUUUGACAUCGACUUCAAAGACGCUCUCGAAUGGAAGAAUAAGGAUACAAAGAUCUCGUCGAUCGCGUUCCGCUGGAGCUCGUCAGACCGGAUUGGAUGUUUCCUCUGGCUCGGUCUCUCCGGCGGACACAUGGCAGAAAUCGACGUUCGCAUCGGUCAAGUCACCGGCAUGAAAGCUGCAGCGCAUUCAUCUACAGUCACACAUCUCUUCCGGUACGGGAAAAGCAUGGUAUCUAUGGACGACAACGGCAAGGUUCUCAUCUGGAAUCCGAGCCCCGAGGAGUUCGGCGAGGACCUCAUCAUGGCGUUCACCCAGCCCCGUGUGUUCCGCAUCGCGGAGAAGCAGGACUGGGCGAUGAUUAUCGACGGGAGGCUAUGGACGAGCGCGCGUGCGGACAGCGCCGGCCACUACGCCCAAGCGCAUAACGCCGCUGCCGGAAGCAGAGGGCCCAACAUCCGCGUGUACGACAUCUUCACACCGGGGAGCACUGGCAAGACGGUGCUCCCCAUAGAGCACGUUGGUGCGGUGACCAGCGGGACGAUGCUGCCUUGUACUCCGGGUCGCGCUUAUCUCGGUCACGAGGGUGGAUGUAUCAGCGUCUGGGAAUUACAGACGGAAGACGGGUAUCCGAGGUGCGAGGAGGUGGUGAAGGUCAGCGUCAGCGACGUGCUCAGUCUGGAGGGGGUGAACGAGAGGUUGUGGAUGGGCGGAAGAAAGGGCAUGAUAACGGCGUAUGAAGUGGGCCCUCGGCCAUGGCUCGUCAAGAAUUGCUGGAGGGCGCACGAAGACCUUCCGGUUCUGAGGAUCGAAACCGACCCGUGGGCGCUUGAGGCGUUAGGGCGGCUGGCAGUCGUGAGUGUCGGACGAGACGAGCAAGUGAGGUACUGGGAUGGCUUGCUCGGCAACGACUGGAUCGAGACCGAAUUGUUGAAGCGUGAGAGUCAGUUCAGCGUAUUCCGCCCUCUGAAAGUCCUCGUCGUCACAUGGAAUAUCGACGCUGCCAAACCCGACAUGCUCACCGGCAACGAAGGAAACGUUACGUUCAUAGAGCGUGUCCUGACCUCGGUCGACAGACCGGACAUCAUGGUUUUCGGUUUCCAGGAGCUCAUCGACUUGGAAUCGCGUCGAAUGGCGGCAAAGACCGUGCUAUACACCGGUACUGGAAAGAAGAAGACGAACGAUGGCGGUUUGAGCGAUAAGGUGACGAAGGCGUAUCGGAGGUGGCACGAUUGGCUGGUGAUGAAGGUCAAACUUCAUAUGCCGGUGGAAGAGGGGUAUACCGUGGUGGGGAGCGAGAGUAUGGUUGGACUGUUCUCUUGCGUUUUCGUGAGGAGCAAGGAACAGAUCGACCUCAAGGAUGUGGCGAUCGAUAAGAUGAAGCGGGGAAUGGGCGGAUACUACGGUAACAAGGGCGGAAUCGUGACUCGGUUCGUCAUCGAGGACUCUUCGGUUUGCUUCGUCAACUGCCAUCUGGCUGCGGGACAACAUCAUGUACGCCAAAGGAAUCAAGACGUUGCACACUUAUUCGACGACAAGGAAUUGCUACCAAUGUCAAGAUCCACAGACGAGCCGAUCGCAUACGUCAAUGGUGGAGACGGCACCAUGGUCCUUGAUCAUGAGAUAGUCUUCCUGAACGGUGACAUGAACUACCGCAUCGACCAACGACGUGAAAUAGUGGUCAACGCGAUCAAGUCAGGCGACUUCGAAUGGCUCGGCGUGCACGACCAACUCCUGAAAGAGAUGAAGCACAACCGCGCUUUCCGACUUCGUCAUUUCAGUGAAGGUCCUCUCAAAUUCGCGCCGACGUACAAGUAUGACCGUGGCUCGGAUACAUACGAUUCGUCGGAGAAGAAACGUUGCCCUGCUUGGUGCGACAGAGUUCUGUGGCGUUCGAGGGAGCCGUCUCGGGUGCGGCAGCUUCACUACCAACGCUACGAGCCGAACGUAUCCGACCAUCGGCCCGUGUCGGCCGCGUUCGAGAUGACCGUGAAGAAAGUAGAUCGGGAGGCGAGAGCGCAGAUCAAGACUGAGGUGCAAGCACUAUGGCAACACGAGGAGCACAGACUGCUGGCAGUCGCACGAAACUUCUAUAUUGACCAGCGGCUACUGUAACGGACCCUGUUGUGUAGGCCAAGCGUUAUCACUACACGUAACUUAAUGUACCCAUGAAC